GCUCCACUAUUAUUCUACACACCACCAGCACCAACACCCUUGCUGCCAUUAUUAUUUCUGCCCCCCUUCCUCUUCCUUCCUCCUCCUCUUUUAUCUAUUUUUCCAUCUCCAUUUCCAUUUGCAGAUUUGCUCUUGCCUUCAAAACAGCCAAACCACAAACCAAAGCACUCCCAAAGAAACCCAAGCAGAGGAAGCCAAGAGCAAGCAGAGAGGAAGCAGCUAGGAUCGAGGUAGAGCAAUGGCGGCGGCGGACCUGGGCUUCGAGGCGACCGAGCUCCGGCUCGGGCUGCCCGGCGGCGACGGAGGAGAGCAAGCGAGGAAGAGGGGCUUCGCGGAGACCAUCGACCUGAAGCUCAAGCUGGAGCCGGCCGGCGAGGAGGAGCCCGCGGCCGCAGAGGAGGAGGUCGAGGUGAAAGCGGAGGUGCCGGAGUCGGAGGAGGAGAAGGCGGCGGACGGCGGCAAGAUGAAGAGGUCGCCUAGCCAGAGCAGCGUCGUCACCGCCGCCGCCGCCGCCAUGGCUGACCCCGCCGAGAAGCCCCGCGCGCCCAAGGCGCAGGUGGUGGGGUGGCCGCCGGUCCGGUCGUUCCGGAAGAACAUCCUGCAGGCGGAGAAGUCGUCUUCUUCGUCUCCGGCGGCAUUCGUGAAGGUCAGCAUGGACGGCGCGCCGUACCUGCGCAAGGUGGACCUCAACAUGUACAAGACCUACCAGGACCUCUCCAUGGCCCUCCACAAGAUGUUCAGCUCAUUCACCAUCGGAAACUGUGGGUCUCAAGGGAUGAACGGCAUGAACGAGAGCAAGCUGAUGGAUCUGCUCAACGGCUCCGAGUACGUUCCGACCUAUGAGGACAAGGACGGCGACUGGAUGCUCGUCGGCGACGUCCCAUGGGAGAUGUUCGUCGAGUCGUGCAAGCGCCUCCGGAUAAUGAAAGGAUCAGAAGCCAUUGGCCUCGCACCAAGGGCAAUGGAGAAAUGCAAGAACAGGAGCUGAGAAGAUGUACUGAAUCAGAUGCAAGGAUCAAAAUAUCUAUAGCUUUGCUUGCUCAUCUCUGUACCAUACUCUUCUAUCCUCCAAGUCUGUAUCUCCUGGUCAGUGAAGUCAUUUUGGUUGGUGAUAUUUUCUGCUCCAGUCAGUCAGUCUUAAGUCUCAUCUUGUCAUAUACAUAAGAAAGAAGAAGAAGCCAAGAACAUGUGUAAUGAAUGUAUCUGUCCCUGGUCUGUCACAUAAUUAUGUACUUUUUGUGCCCUGCCUGUUUUUUUUCCUGUGUGUCUGGCACAAAAUGCAAAGGCACCUUACUGUCCUUGUUGCAGUUUGUCCAUCAAAAGUUGUUUCAUUAUCAGUAUCACUCUGGUGUGUCAAUAGAACAAGUAACUAUUGCACGGUUUUAAAUGUUAACUGUAUUGUAAUAUGAGUAUUGCAUGGUGCUUCCUUCUGUCA